UUUGUUCUAAUGGUUUUGGCCUAUAGUAUACAAAUAUUCUGUGCCACUUCAAAAUAAUAGCCCCUGGUGUCUACUGGCCAUAUCAUGAAAGAGAAAUAAUGAAGGCACUGUAUCUUUUAAAAAAAAUCCCCUUUUGUAGCACUUCCUUAAAAACAGCUACUUAAUGCAACCCUGUCAGUGAGCUCCUGACAGUUCUGUCCUAACGAUUCUGGUAUUAAUGAAAGAAUUUGGUAAAGUGUCUUCCUGAACUGUCAAUUUUUUAAUGAAGCAUGGCUUGUGCUGAACAAGACAAGCUGGGUCAAGCAUUUGAAGAUGCUUUUGAAGUACUGAGACAGCAUUCAACUGGAGACUUUCAGUACUCCUCAGAUUACAAAAAUUACCUGGCUUUUAUCAACCACCGUUCUCAUAUGAGAGGAAAUUCCAACAGCUAUGGUGUGCAGCCUGGAGAGGAACCCAUCUACAAUUGGAGAACAGUAAUAAACAGUGCUACGGACCUCUAUUUUGAAGGAAAUAUUCAUCAAUCUCUGCAGAACAUCCCUGAAAACCAGCUGGUACAACCUGCUCUUCUCCAGCAAAAGGGAGGAAAAGGCAGGAAGAAGCUCCGACUGUUUGAAUACCUUCAUGAAUCCCUAUGUAAUCCAGAGAUGGCAUCUUGUAUUCAGUGGAUAGAUCAAACCAAAGGCAUCUUUCAGUUUGUAUCAAAAAACAAAGAAAAACUUGCCCAACUCUGGGGAAAAAGAAAAGGCAACCGGAAGACCAUGACUUACCAGAAAAUGGCCAGAGCACUGAGGAAUUAUGGAAGAACUGGGGAAAUCAUCAAAAUCCGGAGAAAGCUAACUUACCAGUUCAGUGAGGCCAUUCUCCAAAGACUGUCUGCACCUUAUUUCUUGGAAAAAGAGAUCUUCUAUUCACAGUAUGUUCAACCUGAUCAAGGAUAUCUCAGUUUAAAUAACUGGAAUGCAAAUUAUAAUUAUACAUAUGCCAAUUACCAUGAGCUAAGUCACUCUGAUUGCUAAAUACACUCUUACAUUUCAUUAUUUUCUGACAUCAGAAGUCUCUACAAGUUUUAGGAUUUUUCUCUAAAAGCAAAUACUGAAAAAAAACACUUCAUGAUUGUUAUCUUUUAUGACAUGGCAUAUAAUCUAUACUAACUUGCGGAGAAAUUCUGCCAGUGAACAGCCCUUUAGAAUUAUUGUCCCAUUUGAAAGUAUAGACUAAAUGUCCUUCCUCUUACUAG